AUGGAAUGCUUAUGUGUUAAAUUGAAUGAUGUACCCGAUGAAAUUCUUCUGAUUAUUUUUAAAAAACUAAACAAUUUUGAUCUACUUUAUUAUUUUCAUGGUAUUAAAAAUAAACGAUUGAAUAAUAUUAUACAUGAUCCAAUAUUUACAACUAGUCUAAACUUUGUCAAAUGGUCAUCUCAUAAAUUUCUUAAUAAACUUUCUUCAAAUGUUAUACUUAAUCGAUUUUGUUUACAAAUUUUACCUGAUAUUUCUAUGAAAAUCAAAUGGUUUUAUCUUGAAUCAUCAUCUGCAAAAAACAUUCUACGUACUGCAAAUUAUCCUAAUCUAUAUGGACUUGGUCUAUAUAAUAUCAAAGAAAAGACAGCUAGACGUCUUUUUAAUGAUGAAAGUCUUUCAAGUGGUAUUUUUAAAAAACAAAUUACAAGACUCAUUAUAACAACUCCUAAAGAGAAAAAUUAUUGGUUGACAAUAGUAAAAAUGUGUAAUUGUAUUUUUUCUAUUUUUAACAAAUUAACACAUUUAAGAUUUUCUGAAUCAUCAUAUGAAAAUUAUGUUCCUUUAUUAUUUGAUUUUCCAUCUCGAAGGUUUUCUUCUUCAAGUCUUUUGGUAUUAAAUAUCAAGAUUCAACAUUUCUCACAGUUACUUUAUGUUCUCGAUGGUCGUUUUAGUCAACUCCAUACACUCAUUGUUGAUUUGAUUAACAAUGUUUUGUUAACAGAUUUAAUUGAAAAUAAAGAAAAAAUUUCAAAUCUAAAAUGUUUUGUUCUAUCAUGUGCUUGGGAAAUAUCACGUUAUAAAGACUUACUUCUGCCACUUAUUUAUCGAAUGUCAAAUAUAGAAAAACUUAGUUUAUAUCUUACAAUUUAUAUUAAUGAUAAAUUUAUUGAUGGAAAUGAUUUAAAGAAAAAUAUUAUCAAUCAUUUACCACAAUUAAGUAUGUUUACAUUUGAUAUUCGUUCACUUAUGUUUAUUAAUAAUCAAAUGAAUUUACCAUCAAAAAAAGAUAUUGAAGAAACAUUUAGAGAUUUUCGAUAUACGAAAAUAAUAUCUUAUGUUGAUUAUUUUCUAGAAAAAAAAAUGGGUCAAUGUCAUGUUUUUUCAUAUCCAUCUGAAAUGCCAUAUUAUCAAAAUAUAACAAAUAAUUUUCCAGGUGGAUUAUAUGAAUAUGUUCGUUUUAUAUCAUUAUAUGAUGAAUAUCCUUUUGAACAUGAAUUUUUUAUUAAAAUUUCUCAAUCAUUUCCAUUUAUGGAAAAAUUAUCUUUAAUUAAUUAUCAAUCACAAAAACAUAAACAAUCUUAUGAAUUAAUAAAUGAUAAUUAUAAUUCAACAAUUGUUAAAUAUAAUUAUCUUAUUACACUUGAUAUUGAAAAAGUUCAUGAUGAUUAUAUGGAAGAAUUUUUAUUUAAUACAAAAACAUAUUUUCAUGAUAAUAUUCUUAUUUAUAUUAAUUAUAAAUCAUUAGAAAGAGUAACACAUAAUUUUACAAGAGAUGUUACACGAAUUAAUUGCGCUAAGAUAAAUAAAAUUUUUUUAUUCGGAGAAAAAAAUUAUUCCAAUUCUUUACGAGAUUAUUUUCCUUGUGCAACAAUAUAUUAA